AUGACAGAUCCUGUUUUAGAUAAAUUACCUUCAACAAAUUUUCUUAAAGCGUUGAAUGGCAAUGUAAAUGGCAAAAAGUACUCUAUUAAUUGUGAAAGUAUUGGAAUAGAUUCUCCUGAAAAAGAAAAAAUUAAUGAUAUUUGCACCAAACUUGAAAAAAAUAUAUACUAUCUAGAAAAUGAAUAUAAUCAGCAAUAUUUAGAAAGUGUUCAUAAUAAAGAUUUAUCAUUUUUCGAUAAGCAUUGUUAUGAUUUGAAUUACUGGUUAUAUGAUGAAUUAGCUAAAAAGCUUGAUGCAAAAAUUCAAAAACAGUGGAAUAGUAUUGACAAAAAUGGACGACCUAAUGAUAGUAGUAAAAUAUGUAAUCCCGAAUCCCAACUUUUUAAAACGGGAUUAUUCGAAUAUAUCAAAAAAUUACUUGAUUACUUUGAAAAUUUUGAAACAUUUACAAAAGAAAUGGGAACACAGAAUAAAGAACCAAAUAAAUAUUGCGACUAUAUUAAAAAAUGUGUUCCAUUAUAUUUUACGUUUAAACAAUUAUGCCAGCUAAUAUCAAAUAAUAUAUGCGAAAAAUAUUUAAAACAUGAUGAUAGUUAUAAUCCUGCAGAAUUAUUGUCUAAUUUAUCAUGUGUGGAAGGAAACAAAUAUGAAGUUAAACUUGAUGAAAGUCUCGUUUUGGCAACAUUCUCCCAGGUUUUGGUAGUAUAA